CGUGAGCAUGCUAGGCAGAGUGCAAGAAAGGAGCAAGAACUCACUAAUGGCUAGGCCUUCCCUGUGUCUCUAUAAUUGAUGGGUUUGGUUUUUUUUUCUUUCUCUUUCUCUACCUCCUCUCUCUCUUCUUCAUCCUCUCUCUCUCUCUCGCUCUCCCCCUGAGAUAAGGUCUUGCUCUGUUGCCAGGGCUGGAAUGCAAUGGAAUGGUGUGAUCAUGGCUCACUACAGGCUCAAUCUCCUGGGCUCAAGGGAUCCUCCCACCUCAACCUCCUGAGUAGCUGGAACCGCAGGCAUGCACCACCUCGCCCGGCUAAUUUUUUAUUUUUUGUAGAGAGGGGAGUUUCGCCAUGUUUCCCAGGCUGUUUUCGAACUCCUGGGCUGAAGUGAUCUUCCUCCCUCAGCCUUCCAAGGUGCCGGGAUUGCAGACGUCAGCCACCGUACCAGGCCAACGGGCUCGGUUUCUAUGGUUUUCUGGGGAGACGGCUGAGGGAAGGUCGGCUUCCGGCGUCGCGCUGCAAACGUCGCGCUGAGGUCAUCCUUUACGGCAGGCAUCCGCGUCGCUAGCUAGUCGUUCUGAAGCGGCGGCCAGAGAAGAGUCAAGGGCACGAGCAUCGGCCAUGCCUUUCUUGGACAUCCAGAAAAGGUUCGGCCUUAACAUAGAUCGAUGGUUGACAAUCCAGAGUGCUGAACAGCCCUACAAGAUGGCUGGUCGAUGCCAUGCUUUUGAAAAAGAAUGGAUAGAAUGUGCACAUGGAAUCGGUUAUACUCGGGCAGAGAAAGAGUGCAAGAUAGAAUAUGAUGAUUUCGUAGAGUGUUUGCUUCGGCAGAAAACGAUGAGACGUGCAGGUACCAUCAGGAAGCAGCGGGAUAAGCUGAUAAAGGAAGGAAAGUACACCCCUCCACCUCACCACAUUGGCAAGGGGGAGCCUCGGCCCUGAACAGAGCAGCUGCUGAUGUCUGGAGGCUGAUUUUCCUGUUCUCUGUUCCCCACUGGAAAGGUUGUUUACGACAAACCUCCUUGUCAAAGUGUGUAAAAAUAAAGGAUUGCUCCAUCCUA